AUGCUUCUUCUAGACUAUCAGAACGUUCUCAUCGAGUCCCUUCUCCGGGAGCGGUUCUCUGGAGCUCCCCCUGUCUCAAUUGACCAGAUCGUCUCCGAUUUUGACGGCGUUAUCUUUCAUGUCUCUACUCCCGAGUCCAAAACCAAGAUUCUCAUCUCACUCAGCGUUAAAUGCUUCAAGGAGCUGCUUCAGUAUGGUGCGCAGGAGGUGCUGGAGCGGGAAUAUGGUCCAUACAUUGUCGCCCCUGAACCCGGCUACGAUUUCUCAGUGCAAAUAGAUUUGGAGAAUAUUCCACCAGAGUCAACGGCUAGGGAUGAGUUGAUUACGCGCCUUGCGCUGUUGAAACGCAAUGCGAUGGCUGCGCCGUUUGAGAGAGCUUUCGAGGAAUUCGCUAAACUGUCCGAGGAGGCCUCGAGAUUCACCCUCGAGGCGGCACCGCAGGGAGUUCAGGAAGGAGGUCAACUAAUGGCUAUUCAUUACCGUGAAGAGGAGGCCAUCUACAUCAAAGCUAGCCACGAUCGAGUGACAGUCAUCUUUAGCACUGUCUUCCGUGAAGAAACAGACCGCAUCUUUGGCAAGGUGUUCUUGCAGGAAUUCGUUGAUGCGAGGAGGCGUGUUCACACACUGCAGAAUGCUCCUCAAGUGCUCUUCCGGAGCGACCCCCCGCUUGAACUACAAGGUGUCCCCGGGUUAAAGAGCACAUCCGAGAACGACAUUAGCUAUAUUACCUUUGUUCUUUUCCCACGCCACCUGACUCCCCAGCGCCGCUACGAGAACAUCUCGCACAUUCAAACGUUCCGUGACUAUUUCCACUACCACAUUAAGGCAUCAAAGGCCUAUAUUCACACGAGAAUGCGAAAGAGGACGGCAGACUUCCUCCAGGUCCUCAACCGAGCCAGACCGGAGAACGAGGAGCGGGAAAGGAAGACGGCUAGUGGUCGUACCUUCAGGGUCCAUGGGUAA